AACCAACCACUUUUUUUAUUUAUUACUUUUGUGUUGUUUUGCCUAAGUUGUAUAUGUGUCUGAUAUCUGUGACUACCAAAGAUAAACUACAAAGAUAUUUUCUGAUCCAUGCAAUAGCAGACAAGGCCAAAUAUCCUCCGUUCUCUCCCGCUGGAUGCAAAGGAAAUCAAAAAGGUGGAGAUCAGUCUCAUCACGAAUGAAUUAGAGAAGUGUUUGACUUUUUAGCAAACUUUUAAGCCAAAGGGGUUGUUUUGUCGAGCAGCUUUGCAAGCUUUUUUCUUUGCGAUGACCAAAAUGGAAGAGGAGGUGGCGUGAUCGAGACAAACAAAAUGACCAAAUUCCAAAACAAGGAGUUAUCUUUUGGCCACUGAAGGGACAGAGGAGCAUUCCAUCAGAGCGUGACUCUCGUAGGAUAUAAUAAUACAGAUGAAAGAUACCAGUUGGCCAACACGAUUUGCAAAACACAAAUGUGAAACGUUGUAUAGUUCAACUGGACCACACAAUGAUGACAUGUUUUUAUCUGUUCGUAAAACUUUAUGUAUCCUUUUGAAAAAGAAAAAAAGAUUGUAUGCCACUUUGGUUUUGUUCCUUUGCAAGAGUGCUGGUUUCCUGACAAAGCCUCUUUGCUUCUGUUUUCUUCUUUAUUUGUUAGUUUAUUUUUUAUUUUUUUUGUUAACCUUGGCAAACGCUUUAUGAUUGUCUGUAUUUGUUUCUGUCAAGUUACUUUUUAUAUUAAAAAAUAACACUCCUGUCCACGAAUAAGCUGGGUACAAGGUACUUUAUGGCAGUUAUUUUUUUUGUUUUGUUUUGUUUUGUUAAAUUGUAACCAUAGAUUUUUCGUUAUCGAUUCUAAAGAAAAGGGCAAUCUGUGGAGAAAGAGAAACAUGUUCACCACCGAGGCAGCUGUGGGAUGAGGCUCAGAGAUGGACGGUCCGAGAUCACAGGAACGACUCGACACGUUCUCUCAUCCCAGUCUUAGUCGGUCACCCAGUUCGGUUGGCAUCUAAAACGCGGAUAGAAAAACUGGUGGAUUUGGACCUUUUUAGCAUGUGUAGCUUGACGUUACUAAAGAUAACAGCAUGAGAAAACUGUUAGUACACAUACCUCAGUUCAAAUCUAUAGGGAAUGAUUCAAUUAAUAAAAGAGAGAAAAAAAAAGAAGAAAAACAUUUCACUCAGUUGCACUUAGUCGUAUGUCUUGCAUGUUUAGUCUAAAAACUGUAGCGGGGAGAAUAUUUUAAAAAGCUAUAAAAAAAAAAAAAAGAUUUCUAAAAACAGACACAUUUAGAGCUUGUUUCAUCUGGGGAAUCUCGCAUUCUUUUAUUUUGCAAACCAUUUGCAAACCAGUCCAGACCUCAGGCCUUUUUUCCAUAAAGAAGUCACCUUGCUUUGCUUUACUCCAUCACCUUUGAACCCCACUGAUGGUUGCGUUUUAGUGGGCUUUUCUUCCAAUAGGUUGUACAUACAUGACCGUAUGACCUUGUGUCCUGUCUUGUUUCCCUUCCUUGUUCCGUUCACAGAACAACAACAAAAAAAUGUUUGUAUUAUUCUCUUUUCUUUAUCACAACUGCUUUGUAUUUACUAUUAAAGAAAAAAAAAAGCUAUGAAAAAAAAAACAGCUGUAUGUAUUGAAAUAGCAAACUGUGCUGCAAAUGUAUUUUACUUAGUAAUCCUUGCUUAAAAAGAAAGUCAUACCAACGGACAUCUGCGUGAGGUGGUCAGGGGUGGGACGGGGGAGGGCUGGGAUGGAGAACGGGGGAUAAUCCCUGACUUUGGGUUUUAAACUGUAAAAUAGAGAAAAACACGUUUUUUUUCCCUCUCUCUCUCUGUUAUCAUUGACCUAAGCAUUUUGUACAGAUUUUUUCCCCUCUUUUUUGUGUUAAGCUGUUUUUGAUACUUCCCUUCCUUUCCUUUUUUUGAUGGUCCAACCACUGCCUUCUCGACUGUGGCUGUACUGUGUGUAAAAUGGGUGUCUGCCCAGAGAUAGGGCACUGCCUCUACUGGUUGCAUGAAUCAUUCAGGGGUCGCGGGGAAGAUGAGUAAUUGUGAAGUGGUCACUAAUAAUGCUGGGAGUGUAUUGGAUAUUUUAUAUGAAACAAACAGGAAAAGAUUUCAAAAUAAAUAUGCAGUGCCAAGAUGUAAAGAUUACUUGUAAAAUGCUUCUCUUUUUCAAGAAUAAACCAUUCACACAUG